AUGGCUAGUUAUUCUUUAGUUGAAUCGAAUUCUUUCGGGUCAGAAAAUUGGUGUCUUAAGUUACAGCCUAGUUAUAAACAUGGUCUUUUAACUGGAUUAAGUAAUGGCGAAAUACGUUUGCUAGACUGGAGUACUGGUAAAUCAGUACAAAAGAUUAAGGCGAGCGAAACUGCAAUCAAUGAUAUGAAGGUCAUCGGUAGCGACUUCUCUGCUGGUCAUCUAGUUAGUAGCGCCUCUAUCGACGCGGUGAAAGUUUUCGAUAUAAGGACGAAUGACCGCAUUGCUCAAAUUCAAAACGAGGCCAACUCCCCCUUUAUUUCCUUAGAUUCUCGUCAUGGUCUAUUGGCCUGUGGUACCGAAUUGCAGGGAAUUGACGCUGCUGUAUACAUAUAUGAUAUUCGCAAAUGGGACACUCCAUUGAGAUCAUUAAUUGACUCUCACCAUGAUGACGUUACCUGUAUUAAAUUUCAUCCUUCUGACGUCAAUAUUUUGCUCAGUGGUUCAACUGAUGGUUACACGAACAUUUAUGACUUGAAACAAGAUGAGGAGGAGGACGCUUUACACCAAGUUAUUAAUUAUGCGUCAAUACAUUCCUGUGGAUGGUUGUCCCCAAAGAGGAUAUUUACACUAUCACAUAUGGAAACAUUUGCAAUUCACGAAUUGAACGACAAAUCUGACGAAUUGAAAGAGCCACAACCCUUGGACUUUGGUGAUGUAAGAGAAAUAUGGAACUGUGACUACGUGGUAGAUAUUUACCCUGGACUCAUUGCAACCGGUAAAACCCAAGAAAAUUGUGGAGAGUUGUGCCUCCUACCAUUUAAAGAUGAGAAGGUGGAUACUGAAAACGGUAUUGUUAUCCCACACGCCCAUGGAGACGAGGUCGUCAGAGAUAUUUUUAUACCAGCACAACAUAGCAACAUGUUAUACUCCUGUGGUGAAGAUGGUUGCGUUAAAAUUUGGGAAAACAAACAGGGGCCGUUAGAUAUUCCAGAAAAUUUUUGGGAUUACUCUAAAAAAAUGAACGUCUUAGGAGAUGACGACAGAGAAGGUUCCAUUAAUUUAGACGAACCUCUUAUUAUUCAAAAAGAAUCGGUUUCCACGAGGCCAAGGAAGGAGAAACACAAGAAAGCCAAGAAACAUUCCAUGAAAAGUCGUUUCAAACCAUACUAG